AGAUUAAGCGCGUGUUUGUGGAAGGAGGCACGUUUCCCUCCGGCUACUCUGGUUAGUUGGUUUUGAGUUGCAGAUCACGUCCAGAAUGCUGCAGUUUGAAUCUAGCGACGAGUUGGAUCUUGUUGAUUUUGGAGAUUCAGAGGAAUGUGUGCGAGACACUCAAGCGUCGCUAAAUCAAUGUCAAGCCGAGAGAUGUAGCUUUUAAAAAAUCUAUUAUCCAUCUUAACAUUGAUGAAAGUGAUGAACUGUUUUUACUAGCCAUCCGGAGAAAUGAUGCGGCUGUCACUGAGAAGAUGCUUAAUCAAGG